UUUGUCCACACUGACCAGACAAUUGCGUUUGUAUUAGGCACCCUGCAUUGCAUUGUACUUAGGGAGGCUAUGAGUGAAAUUUUGACUAGGAAAGCAUCUUGUUUGUGAGUAUUUGGUCAGUAGUCUGGUGGUUGAGUGUGAUUGGCCAAUAGUGAAUACUUGUCGACAGGUCAUUGGUCGAUUGUUUUCUAUCGAAGGUCAUCGAAACUUCUAGUAUGUUCUACGUGUAAAGUAUUUAAGCAGGUGCACAGCUUGCAGUGGUAUUAAUUGAGUGAUUCGAUUACCUGUGUUUGUUCGUUUUGACGUAUCUCGAAAUGCCUAACGCCAUUGGGAUCGAUCUUGGUACAACAUAUUCGUGUGUUGGUGUUUUCCAGCAUGGCAAAGUGGAGAUAAUUGCCAAUGAUCAGGGUAACAGAACGACACCGAGUUAUGUGGCGUUCACAGAUGCUGAGCGUUUAAUUGGUGAUGGAGCGAAGAACCAAGUGGCUAUUAAUCCAACAAAUACAGUGUUUGAUGCGAAGCGGCUAAUCGGUCGUCGUUUCGAUGAUCCAUCAGUUCAGAGUGAUAUGAAGCAUUGGCCAUUUGAGGUGGUUCAAGUCGGUGGUAAGCUGAAGAUUCGUGUUGAGUAUAAGGGUGAGAAAAAGUUGUUCUCCGCGGAGGAGAUUUCGUCGAUGGUGUUGACGAAAAUGAAGGAGGUUGCUGAAAGUUAUUUGGGCAGGACAGUAAGUGACGCGGUUAUAACAGUUCCUGCUUACUUCAAUGACAGUCAACGUCAAGCAACGAAAGAUGCAGGUGCUAUAGCUGGUCUUAAUGUGUUGAGAAUCAUUAAUGAGCCGACAGCUGCGGCAAUUGCCUAUGGUUUAGACAAGAAGGUUGGUGGUGAGCGUAAUGUGUUGAUAUUUGAUUUGGGUGGUGGUACAUUUGAUGUGUCCAUCUUGACAAUUGAGGAUGGUAUAUUCGAGGUGAAGUCUACUGCUGGUGAUACACACUUGGGAGGUGAAGAUUUUGACAAUCGUCUGGUGGAUCACUUUGUGAAAGAGUUCCAGAAGAAAUUUAGUAAAGACAUUCGUGACAAUAAGCGUGCAUUGCGUCGCCUGAGAACAGCAUGUGAACGUGCGAAACGUACAUUGAGUUCGAGCACCCAAACGAAUCUGGAGAUUGACUCGUUGUGUGAUGGUAUUGAUUUUUACACGUCGAUUACUCGUGCACGAUUUGAGGAGUUGAAUGCCGAUCUAUUCCGUGGUACAUUGGGUCCUGUUGAGAAGGCUUUGCGAGAUGCUAAGAUGGAUAAGGCCCAGAUUCACGAAAUAGUGUUGGUUGGUGGUUCCACUCGUAUCCCUAAGGUGCAGAAGCUGUUGCAGGACUUCUUCAACGGGAAGGAGUUGAACAAAUCUAUUAAUCCGGAUGAAGCUGUGGCUUAUGGUGCAGCUGUGCAGGCAGCUAUUCUAAGUGGUGACAAGUGUGAGGCUGUGCAGGACUUGCUGUUGCUUGACGUGGCUCCAUUGUCACUGGGUCUUGAAACGGCUGGUGGUGUAAUGACGGCUCUGAUUAAGCGUAAUACGACAAUUCCGACGAAGCAGACUCAAACGUUCACGACGUACUCGGACAACCAGCCUGGUGUGCUUAUCCAGGUGUUCGAGGGUGAGCGUGCUCUGACGAAGGACAACAAUCUGCUUGGCAAGUUCGAACUCUCAGGUAUCCCACCUGCUCCUCGUGGUACUCCCCAGAUUGAGGUGACGUUUGAUAUAGACGCGAACGGUAUUCUGAACGUAUCUGCUGUUGACAAGGGUACAGGGAAGCAGAACAAGAUAACGAUUACAAAUGACAAGGGUCGUUUGACGAAGGAGGAGAUUGAACGAAUGGUAGCCGAUGCGGACAAGUACAAGGCUGAGGAUGAGAAGCAGAGAGAUCGUGUUUCUGCGAAGAACUCGCUUGAGAGUUAUGUGUACACAAUGAAACAGCAAGUGGAGGGUGAGCUUAAAGAAAAGAUAUCUGAAAGUGAUCGUCAAGUGAUAUUAAGUAAGUGUGAGGAUACAAUUGGUUGGUUGGACGUUAAUCAAUUGGCGGAGAAGCAUGAGUAUGAAAGUAAGCGGGAGGAGUUGGAGAAGGUCUGUGCGCCGAUAAUUACGAAGGUGUACCAGGCUGGUGGUAUGCCAGGAGGCAUGCAUGAAACAGGUGGUGCUGGUGGUGGAAGUGGUAAGGGACCAACGAUUGAGGAGGUCGACUAACCUGUAAUUGUUGUGAUUAAUUAUUUGGUACUUGAAUGAAUUUAGAUUUUAUCUGUAAUGAA